CACUUGAACGCAGCACCAGCUCUGCCACUACCAGGAGCGGAGAAGGAAGGAGAUGGCCGACUAGAAGGCAGCGUUAUCUUUGCUAUUUCGCCUGCGAGAUUCCUUUUACAUUACACAGUUUCACAGCAGAAGCAGAGGGAGUACUGUACAGUUAUUUCGUUCCUCUUCAGCUAUGGCAGAACAAAACAGCAGCGUCAGAUAUCAGGAGCUGGUGAAUGAGGAAGAGCCCGCCCAGCCUUCCCAGGAGGGUCCUGCCCAGGACGCCCCACCACCAUACAGCAGCAUUGCUGCAGCAAAUGCAGCUUUCUUUGAAUACAAGGAAGAUGGAGGAAGAUUUCCCAACCCUCCAUCCUACAGCGUUGCCACCACUUUGCCCUCCUAUGAUGAAGCUGAGAGAAGCAAAGCAGAGGCGGCCAUCCCGCUGGUCGCUGGAAGAGUCACGGAGGAAGACUUUGUGGCCAGAGAUGACUUUGAUGAUGCCGACCAGCUGCGAAUAGGAAACGACGGCAUCUUCAUGCUCACUUUCUUCAUGGCAUUCCUCUUCAACUGGAUUGGCUUCUUCUUGUCGUUCUGUUUGACCACAUCAGCCGCCGGCAGAUACGGGGCCAUCUCAGGCUUUGGCCUGUCGCUCAUCAAAUGGGUUCUUAUUGUCAGGUUUUCGACCUACUUCCCCGGUUACUUUGAUGGGCAGUAUUGGUUGUGGUGGGUGUUUUUGGCACUUGGCUUUAUGCUGUUUAUCAGAGGCUUCGUGAACUACUCCAGAGUGCGUAAACUGGCUGAUCCCACUUACGCCACCCUUCCUCGAACAAGGGUACUCUUCAUCUAUUAAAGGACGUGGAAGAACUGGAUGUGAAGAAGAAGAAGGAGUUUAAAAUAAAAGAAGACACUUAACCAGAAAUCAGCCAGAUGAGAUCCAGAUGAAGACGACUCGAGUCAAUAAAAAAUAAUAAUCAGGAAUUAUAUCACUCGUUUUCUUUUGUUUCAAACCUUUAUUAAAGACAAAUGGUUAACAGUAAUAGUCCCUCAAUGUACUCAUUAGUGGCGAAUGUUAAGUGCUAUUUACAUCUGUCUGUAAUGUAUAAGUAAUGCCUUAUAUCAUUUGAUGGUAGCAUACGAGCAUGCAUCUGCCCUUAAGGUCAAUUAAAUAGGGAGAGUCUCGUGUUGGCGACACUUGAAGCCAACAGGUAUUAAUUAGCGCAACACUCUGUAAGCUUGCCAUAGCAUGCAACACACUUUAUAAUAAUCUGCUCUUCGAGGUUUAAGCUCUUUUUAGAUUUCUUUAGGCUGUAAAUACGGAAGUACUCAUGAACACAUCCUCCACUCACCUGUUGGCUUUAAGCAGUGUUGCCAGGAGGGGACAGUGUUGUCUGCAGCUUUUAGAAACUGUCAUCGUAGAUGUGAUUCACACACAGCAAAGCGGCAUCCAUGAUUUUUGCCUGUUACAAUGUUUUUGUUGUACAUUAAAUCAGGUAAAACUCUCCAACCAGGGAAGAGAAUUCAAGUUGCAUGUGCAGGUUGAUCCUAGAAGAUGGAAAAGGAACUCGAUGGCCUCAAAUGUCAAGUGACAAAACCUGGAGCUGCUCUGCUGACAGCUGUGGAGACGCCAAAUUUCUUUUGGCACUGACAGUGACCGAGAUGAUUUUUAAGGGCAUAUGAGCAGCUUAACACUUCUAGUCCACGUCCCACUCGCUGUCAGAGGAAAAGCUGUCAGGAUUUCAGUACAUAAGAAACGAACUUGUAUUUUACUUCCAGGUGGGUUUUUACCUCAAGGUUUAAUUGAUGAUUAUUUCUUAAUUUUUCAUACUAUGUAAGAAGUUUCUCUGUUGUGAGUAUUAUUAAUUAUCAAAGAAUGUUUAAUGCAGGUGCACUUUUAGAAACACGGCCAAUAAGGACAUUUCCAUCAUUAGAUUAAGUCACAGACACAUAAAGCAAGUGGUGCAGGAUGUUGUUUUAUAAUGACGCUUGAAUCAACAGUUCAUAUUUCAUAUGCCAUGGCUUUCAUUUACAGACCAGUUAUGCUUCUUUCUAUAUGAUGUAGAGCUGCAGCCUGGGGUUUUUGUUGUUAUCAAACUGUACAGAAACUGUUUAGUGUUAAAUAAAUGUCACUUUAAAUGCA